CUUGGCAAGGUUGUUACUCACUUACAAAUGCAGCCAGGAUAAUACGAUUAGAGGUUUAUUGUGGGUUAAAUCCUCUUACGUGUGUUAACAGAAACCUUGCAGCCAAAACGGAACCACUUGAACAAGAACCUCUGUACAGAAGGAGGUUUUGCUCAACGACUGCCUCAUUGAUCCACGUCUGCCUGAACAAUCAGAAAUGGCAAAAGCUUUAUUUUUGGCAACAUUUCUGCUCGUUCUGGGAAAUGUUCUCAUCAUCCAUGCUGCAGUUUCUCCUAGCAUCAUCGUGGAGUUGGUGAAGAUCAUCGUAGACAAUUACUGCUCUCCAGAGAAGCUGGAGGCGAUGAAAGAGGCAAUUGAAGCAGUCAAAGAUAAUGUGGAGAUUCUAAAUACAGCAGAUUUGGAAUCCUUUGCUAACACCCUCAGUGAUGGAAUCCAAAAAACGGUCGGUGACCCACGCCUCAAAAUCACCUAUGAGCCUAACUAUACCCCUGUGGUGCCCCCAAAGAUGCCUCCAUUGCCACCUGAGCAGCUUGCCGCUGUCCUCCAGACUUCAAUCAAACUUGACAUUCUCGAGGGCAACAUUGGUUACCUGAGGAUUGAUCACAUCCUUGGAGAAGAGGCUGCUGACAAGGUUGGUGCUUUGCUGUUGGACCUGGUAUGGAAUAAAAUCUUACCCACUUCCGGCCUGAUCUUUGAUUUGCGCUACACCAGCACAGGGGACAUAACAGGAAUCCCCUACAUUGUGUCUUACUUUACGGAAGCCGAGCCUCUUAUUCACAUCAACUCUAUUUACGAUCGUCCCUCAAACACCACCACUGAUCUCUGGUCAUUACCCUCUCUGCUGGGGCAGAGAUACAGCUUAAGCAAACCACUCAUCAUCCUUACCAGUAAAAACACAAGGGACAUCGCUGAGGAUGUCGUCUAUUGCCUCAAGAACCUCAAUAGGGCCACCAUAGUGGGUGAGAAGACUGCUGGAGGCUCUGUGAAACUUGACAAAUUCAAAGUGGGUGGCACAGAUUUCUAUGUAUCAGUGCCAACUGCCAUGUCCAUCAACCCCAUCACUGGCUCCACCUGGGAGGUUGUAGGAGUAACACCAGAUGUUGAGGUCAAUGCAGAAGAUGCCCUAGCGACUGCCAUUAAGCUCAUCAACCUCCGUACCCAGGUCCCAGCCAUCAUUGAAGGAUCUGCUACCCUGAUUGCAGAAAAUUAUGCCUUUGAGGAUGUCGGAGCUGAUGUUGCCGCAAAGCUGAAAGAGCUUCUGGCAAGUGGGGAGUACAGCAUGGUCGUCUCCAAGGACAGUUUAGAGGCAAAGUUGUCUGAUGACUUGAAGAGGCUGUCUGGGGUCAAGACCCUGAAGACUACUAGCGACACCCCAGCCCUGCCACCACUGAAUUAUUCUCCAGAGAUGUACAUCGAGCUGAUCAAAGUCUCCUUCCAGACCGAUGUGCUCGAGAACAACAUCGGCUACCUGCGUUUCGACAUGUUUGGAGACUUCGAGGAGGUCAAGCCCAUUGCACAGAUUAUCGUUGAGCAUGUCUGGAACAAAGUUGUCAACACUGAUGCUAUGAUCAUCGACCUCAGGAACAACCUUGGAGGUCCAACAACAGCCAUCGCAGGCUUCUGUUCUUACUUCUUUGACACAGACAAACAGGUCUUGUUGGACAAGCUGUAUGACAGACCAUCUGGAACCACCACUGAGCUCUGGACCCUCUCUGAACUCACUGGCAAAAGCUACGGUUCCAAAAACGGCCUGAUCAUCCUGACUAGUGGCGCGACUGCCGGCGCCGCUGAGGAGUUUGUUUACAUCAUGAAGAAGCUCGGCCGCGCAAUGAUCGUCGGCGAAACCACCGCCGGGGCAACCCACCCACCCAAGACAUUCCGUGUUGGCGAUACGGAUAUCUUCCUCAGCAUCCCCACCGUCCACUCCGAUACUGCAGCUGGUCCGGCCUGGGAGGGCGCUGGUGUGGCGCCCCAUAUUCCCAUUUCAGCUAACGCUGCCCUAGAAACUGCUCAAGGCAUCCUCAGCAAACACCUCACAGGCUGAGUGAAUCUCAAACCCAGUAAUGAUUUAACUUCCCAAUGGUUCCAAGAUCAGAACUAAGAGUUGUUUAUGAAGUAUUACAAAUAAAGCAUUAAGUGUAAUCUGUUGUUCUCUGAAUAUAUAGACUUUUAGCCAGAUAAUAAUGCAGAGGAAAGGUUUUGAAGCUGAAUUUAGUUAUAUUCUGUUGUCUCUUAGAUGUUACUCUCAAAGAGAAAAUUUGCUGUUAGGGAGUUAAAAUAACACAGAAAAGCAAAUUCUUUAUAUAAGUGGGUGUGAAUGUGCUCCUGUUGAAUUAUGUGAUUAAGAAAGCCUUUAAAAAGUAUAAAGGAACAAAAUCGACAAAUAGAUCAACUGAAACCAAGAUAGAUAUUAAUUUACUAGAGCAGAUACUUUGAAAUGUGUGUAAAUGUACUUGCUGGAGCUGAUAC